AUGUCCCGACUCUCCAUCCCCACCACGGCGCGGCUGCCGUCGUCGCUGCGCGUCGACCCCUCCAACCUCGUCGUCAUCAAGAGCCUGAACCGGCUGUCGCGAGAGUCGCUCAUUGCGCUGGCGCUCGACUGGCUCGACGAGGGCACCGUCGCCAACGCCCUGCCCUACCUCGACCGCCGCCGGUCGCCCGACGACGAGGCCGCCGCCGACCCCGACGACCUUUACCCGCCCUGCCGCACCGUCGCCGAGCUGCAGCAGCUCUACGCCGACAUGCACGAGCAGAGGGGCUCCAAGCGCGACGUCGUCAGCCGCGUCCUCGAGGGCGACUGGCGCCACGGCCUGACCCUCUACCAGCUCGCCAUGGUUGACUUUGCCUACCUCGACGAGCACCCGGCCUCGCAGAAGUGGACCGCCUACAAGAUCCUCCCCCUCACCCCUCCGGCGCACGACGCCGCCGACGACGAGACUCUCAAGGUCGACGAGGCGAGCCUGCAGAUCCCCCGCUUCCACCCCUCGACCUUUCUCCAGAACCUCCAGGACCAGGUCCUCCCGGACGUCAAGGCCCACUACCACUUCUACCGCCCAAGCGACUAUCCCGUCCUGAUGCUGCGCGUCUUCGCCAUUGACUCGCCUUACAACAGCCAGCUCGCGCUGUCCUCGGCCGGCAGCAACGGAUCCGCGACAAAUUACACUUCUUCCCGCACCGUCUACCUCGCCUUCCCCGAUGGCUCGCCGAACCUGUACAUUUCCAAGUCGCAAUCGGCCGGUGCGUCCGCCCACGGCGAAUCGCGCAGCCUCCAGAGCCUGAUUGUCAGGGGCGUGCCAAAGGCGCUCUCCAGACCCCGGCAGCGCUUCACCCUCAAGAACACAGGCCUUACCAGCAGGAACUUGGACGCACUGCUGGACCGCAAGGGCCCCGGGCGUGGCAACGCCGCCGGCGGUGGCUGGAGCAUCUACGCCAACGAAAAGAAUAAGAAGUCGCCUCUCGACUCGGUGCUGCCGUCCGCUCCGCUGUCAGCGUCGGAGCACAGCCGAAAGCGAGCUUCACCGUUGACGCAGCAGCGCCGCGAGGCAAAGCGGGCCAAGCUCGUGGCCAAGGGCCGCUUUGGCGACUCGGCCAUUGUCACAGACGGCAAGGGCGUGGAGCGGCUCGACGUCGUGCUCCAGGACCCCUACCCGUCUGUCAAUGGCGUAGACGUGCAGGGCUCGGACGACAACGACGCGGCGCCGACGACGGGCAGGAGGGGGCCACGAAGGAACCUGGACGUCAUGCUGGGUGAGGAAGGCGACGAGGCCGCGGGUGCUGGUGCGCGCACCGAUGGACGAUGGACGCCCAAUGUGCGAAUAACGUUUCAGGGCGCGCACGUGUUUGCCGGCAUUCGGCAGCUGGUGGAAGCCGGCAUCGUCGACGGCGAGCGCAUGCCCGGCUGGAUGACGGGCGAAGACGGCGUCACUGUGGGCGUUGUGCGCCACGGCCGCAUAAAAGGAAACAAGGGCUCGGGGAUAUGA